AUACGGGUAAAAAAAAAAAAAAACACCGUCUGGGUUUAUAAAUUCCAAAGGGGUUUUAGCACGACGGCUCUUUCUCUGUUUCUGCCGGAGUGCGGCACGGCAGACCGGUGAACCUCCAGCUAUGCUCCAAAACGAAGACGUUCGCUUCACUUCAUCUGCUAUAAAACUCCCUCUAUUCUCUCCUCCUCCUCUACACCACCAUACCCCUAACCCAUUCUUCACCAAUCUUCACUUAAUUUUACAAAAUUUCCCCAAAUUCCCACACCCAUUUCGUCAAAAUCUCAAUCCCAAAGAUUCAUUUUUGCAAACCUUAUCCAAAUUCCAACACCCAUUUCAUCAUAAGUUCAAUCCCCAAAAUGCAAUUCUUCAAUUUUUAAGAAAACCCAUCAACCCAUUUUCCUGGAAUUUAUCAAAUACUCCACCUUUACUUUGCUGUGCAUCAAUCGCAUUGAGUCAGAGCAACUUCGAUGACUCUUCAAGUUUGAGUCCGAAAACGGGGAGUGGGAACGAGGAGAGAGUACUGAUAAGUGAAGUCUUAGUUCGAAGCAAAGAUGGUGAAGAACUUGAAAGGAAGGAUUUGGAGAGUGAGGUAUUGAAUGCACUCAAAGCGUGUCGACCUAAUUCGGCGCUUACUGUGCAAGAAGUACAAGAGGAUGUGCAUAGGAUCAUUGCUAGUGGGUACUUUUGCUCUUGUAUGCCUAUUGCUGUGGAUACUAGAGAUGGUAUUCGUCUGGUAUUCCAGGUAGAACCAAACCAAGAGUUCCAUGGUUUGGUGUGUGAAGGAGCCAAUGUGCUUCCAGCGAGGUUUAUAGAGGAUUCUUUUCGAGAUGGAUAUGGAAAAAUUGUCAAUAUCAAGUGGAUAGAUGAAAUAAUAAGCUCUAUAAAUGGUUGGUACAUGGAGCGGGGUCUUUUUGGAGCGGUAUCGGGCGUAGAAAUUCUCUCUGGAGGUAUGAUUAGGCUAGAGGUUUCUGAAGCAGAGGUGAAUAACAUAGCCAUCCGUUUCCUUGAUAAGACUGGUGAGCCAACUGUAGGGAAAACGAGGCCUGAAACUAUACUUCGGCAACUUACUACAAAGAAAGGGCAGGUUUACAGCAUGCUUCAAGGGAAAAGAGAUGUGGACACUGUCUUAGCUAUGGGCAUUAUGGAAGAUGUUAGCAUUAUUCCCCAACCUGCUGGAGGUCACUGCAAGGAAGAAAAAGUUAAGGAUACCAGGGAAAAUCCUUUAUUAGACACUGGUAAGGUAGACUUAGUUAUGAACAUUGUCGAGCGUAAGAUUGGGGGUGGUAUUUCUGCCGGUGGUGGAAUUUCAAGUGGGAUCACAAGUGGACCCCUUGCUGGACUGAUUGGCAGUUGUGCUAUAUACCACAAGAAUCUUUUCGGAAGAAAUCAAAAGCUGAAUUUGUCACUAGAGCGGGGACAAGUUGACUCAGUCUUUCGGAUAAAUUACACAGAUCCAUGGAUUGAAGGAGAUGAUAAGAGAACUUCAAGAUCAAUUAUGAUACAGAAUUCGAGGACACCUGGCACACUUGUUCAUAGUCAACCCGAUGGUAGCCUGACAAUAGGACGUGUCACUGCCGGGAUUGAAUACAGUAGGCCAUUCAGGCCAAAGUGGAACGGGACAGCUGGAAUCAUAUUUCAGCGUGCUGGUGCUCGGGAUGACAAGGGGAGUCCUAUUAUAAGGGACUACUACAGUAGUCCACUUACUGCAAGUGGCAACACUCACGAUGAUAUGUUACUUGCCAAACUUGAGACUGUCUAUACUGGUUCCAGUGGCCCUGGUUCUUCAGUGUUUGUUUUCAACAUGGAUCAGGGCCUUCCUGUGUGGUCAGACUGGUUAGUUUUCAACAGAGUCAAUGCUCGUGCUAGAAAAGGAUUGGUAUUAGGUCCUAUGCAUCUUCUCCUAAGCUUCUCUGGUGGUCAUAUGGUCGGUAAUUUUCCGCCUCAUGAAGCAUUUGCGAUUGGUGGAACCAACAGUGUAAGAGGAUAUGAAGAAGGGGCAGUCGGCUCCAGCCGGUCUUAUGUGGUUGGCUGUGGUGAAAUUUCAUUCCCUCUGAUGGGGCCAGUAGAAGGGGCUGUAUUUGCUGAUUAUGGUUCAGACCUUGGAUCUGGUCGAAGUGUUCCUGGUGAUCCUGCUGGACCAAGACGAAAACCUGGAAGUGGAUAUGGAUGCGGGGUUGGUAUUUGCGUAGACUCUCCAUUGGGACCAUUAAGACUGGAGUACGCCUUCAAUGACCAGCGGACUGGGAGGUUUCACUUUGGGGUUGGCCUAAGGAACUGAUACUAUUAGGAUCUGCAAUAUUAUUUAUACACAAAAUGUGAUUGAUCUAAAUGUUUAGUGAGCCAUCAUAUUGUUCAUUAAUUUCUUGCCACCUUCCAGUGGUUACAGAUGAUGGAAGUAACAAAGCAGAAAUUUGAAAAUGAACACAAUAUGUCAAUAUAUGAAUUGUGGUGUAUUCUCAUUGACUUGUUGAGAAAAAAGAAACAAGAUGAUCCCCCUUUUUAAAGUUGCA